CUAAGUUUCCAUGAAACUCUUUGCCUCGGGUCUGCAUCCAGGUUUUUAGGCCUGUCAUGCAGACUUCACUGGAGUAGAUGUGGCAGCCUUCAGCCAUCAGAGACACACGUUUUGAUCCUCCAACACAUUGAGAUACUAAAUAUGAGUUUAUCAACUGCUUUAUCCAUGUCCUUAUUUUUAUGACCAUUAUGUAGGAAAGGAACCUAGAACUUCAGAGUUUUUCUGUGGGUAUCCAUAGAAGAUUUUCACUGCAUAUAGAUCUCAGAGACUGAUGACCCAUAACCAUAUAGAAGUGCCAGAGACACAAAGACAAUCCAGAGAAAAAGAUCAGAGCAAUGGCUUGUGAAGACAGAACGGAAUAUUUUUUUCCUGGAGUUUUCUUGAUUCUAGGGAUAAAUAAGACCCUAAGCACUGGACAUCAGUGGCACAGUGGAAACUUAAAACAAAACAAAACAAAACAAAACAAAAAAAACUGCUUAGCAUACCUGAGACAAAUCUCCUGAGGCAAGAACAGAUUGCCUCUCAUGUACAAGGUUCUUGUGCUGGCUGUUCCAUGUGUCAGCUUGACACAAGCUACAGUCAUCAGAGAAAGGAGCCUUGGUUGAGAAAAUGCCUCCAUGAGAUCCAAAUGUAAGGCAUUUUUUUUACUUAGCGAUCAUUAAGGAGAGCCCAGCCCAUGGUAGGUGGGAAAUCCACGGGCUGGUAACCUUAGGUUGUAUAACAAAGCAAGAUGAGUAAGCCAUAGGAAGUAAGCUAGUAAGCAGCACCCCUCCGUGGUUUCUGCAUUCCUGUCUUCAGGUUCCAUUCUGGGCUUGAGUUCCUCCAGUGAUGGACUAUGAUGUGGAAGUGGAAUCCAGAUAAACCCUUUCAUCCCCAAUGUGCUUUUUGGUCAUGGUGUUUUGUUGCAGCAAUAGAAAUUCUGCCUAAAGCAUGUACCCUCACCUAGUCCUUGAGUUUGCUUUCUGCAUUUGGAAAAUUGAACAUUGUGACCCACCAAAAUGUACCCCAUGAUGUUCAUAUGAUAGUUAAUGUCCAUAUCAGAACUCGUAGCUAGAAUGAAUGGUGAGAGAGCUGCAGUUAUAAGUUUCAAGAUCUGCUGAAGGCUUAAAAGAAGCCUUCUCCCCAUAUCCCUAAAGAGUAGGCAGAUCUGUACAGCCCUCCACAUUAAGCAGAACUGAAUGUCAUACUGAGCCAGACCCCAGAACAUAGUCUUUCUGCUUCCAGUCCCAAAGGGAACAACUCAUUGGAGCAGGACGCUGCCUCCAUACAUUAUAUUCAUGUAGAGGCUGGUCUUGCUCAAGUGUGAUCCACACAGCAUCUGCUUUAUUUAUUAUGAGGAGCUGAGAGAAUUCUCAGUUGACCAUUCAGUGGAACCCUAUCCCCAAGUCAUGAAUUCAAGAUCUUUCCAGCAUUGUCUUAUUAGACAGCUGCCCAUCAUCUCAAAUACAGUGUCCCUGAUCAUACAGUUACAUUGUCAGAGAUGCACCAACCCAGACACAGAGUGCUUCUUGAGAAUACUAAGAGAGACCUCAAAGAGCUACUGAGUAUGUCAUGUUUAAUGGGUUGGUUACAGCAGGUGCUCAGUCAUCAGGCACUUCCCAAUAGCAUCCUGCUGAUGUAUGGUGGACAGAGAAAAAAAAUGUCAGGAUUGUGCAGAUCAUUUUUGUGAAAAUCAGGGGAGGAAAAGGGGACUCUGUGAGGUUUGUCAGAGAGCAAUAGCAGGUGUCAAGAGUCCUUUUAGUAAAUAAUCAAUCAGGUCUGUUUUCUCUGAAUAGAGCCAGAAAGUUAGGACAAUACUUACUGAAGACCAGGCAUGGAUUAAUUAUGCAAUGAUUUAAUUGAAGGAAAACAUUGCACCUACCAAUGACAUGUCAUGGUACAAAGUCAUUUGAUGGUGAUAUAAAAUAGAGAAACUCAUGUUGGAGACAGAGACAGAGACAGGCAGGGAAAAUCCUCUGGUCUUUGCUUCUCUGAACAUGGCCACUGGAAGCCAUGUGUUUCUGGGAGGACUCUCAGGGCUGCUGCUGCUGCUCCCGCUCUGGGCCCUGCCCUGGGCUCAGGGUGGGAAGGUACUGGUGUUUCCCAUGGAGGCCAGCCACUGGCUCAGCAUGAGGAUCGUUGUGAGGGAGCUCCACGCCCGAGGCCACAAGACUGUGGUCCUCGCUCCAGAUGUGUCUGUGUACAUCAAAGAAGAGGACUUCUACACUCUGAAAACCUAUGCUGUUUCAUACACCAAGGAAGAAUAUGAGCAUCAGUUGCUGAGCCCCUUUCAAAUGUUGCUUGCAGCUGAAGAUCCUCUAACUAUGACCUUAAGAGAAUUAAAAAUGGCAAAAAACCUGUCAACAUUGUACGUGAGACUUUGUAUAGAUCUCCUGCACGACAAGGGUUUUAUCCAGCACCUGAACUCCAGUUCCUUUGAUGUGCUGUUAACAGACCCUACAUCCUCUUGUGGGGCACUGCUGGCCAAGUAUUUGCAUGUUCCUGCUGUGUUUUUUCUGCACUUCUUGCCUUGUAAUACUGACUUUGCAGCUGUUCAGUGUCCAAGCCCUUCCUCCUAUGUUCCAAGGUUAAUCACAAGGAAUCCAGACCACAUGAGCUUCCUAGAGAGAGUCAAGAACAUUCUCUAUCCUCUAUCAUUUAAGCUCUUUUGCCUCCAUUUUUUCACUCCCUAUGAGCGCCUGGCCUCUGAGCUUUUCCAGAGAGAGGUGUCCUUCCUGGAGAUCCUGCACCACGCAUCCAUAUGACUCUUCAGGUUAGACUUUGUGUUUGACUACCCCAGGCCCAUCAUGCCCAAUAUGGUCUUCAUCGGGGGAAUUAACUGUGUCAGCAGGAAGCCACUCUCUCAGGUCUGUAUUGGGCCUUCAUCCAAAGAGUGGUCCAGCAACAUAGGUUUCCGUGUCUCGUUAUGAAUUGCUCACUUACCUGCUCAUCUUUCCAGGAACUUUGGUGUAUCAAAUCUUUAAGGCAUCCACAGUUGGUAUAUCAGGAUUUUAGUGUCUGGUGAGAAUCUCAGGAGGCAAUAAUUAGGGCCUCUAUUUGAGCAGUGGUGAUAGCCUGUAGAGUGUGUCCACCAAAAAGACAGUAUCUCCUGGACAUGAGAUCUCCUGAACCUGGGCAGGACCAGAGAAGCCGAGCUGGCUCUCAGAUGUUCUGGGGCUCAUAUGUUGGCACCAGGGUGGGGUAUUCCUUAGUCUACAGCAGGCAGUGAGCAAGAUGAAGGCACUUUUUACCCAGUAGUCCUUAACAAUUCUCUCUGGGAAGGGCUGGACGUGUGCUUAAGUGAUGCCUGGGAACAGAAACAGAAGUAGUCUAGCAUGUAAUUUUGUUUACAUCUUGCCUCAGUUUUAUUAGUCAUGACAGUGCUCCAGAUUCAUGGCCUUUCUGUGUGAUCAAUGUUUCUAAAUGGUCUAUGGAUGAUCCAAACUGUCACGUUGUUACGUUUUGCAUGUGUAAUGUAUUCCUGAGAUUCCUUAGUUCCCAAGGAGGUAUCUUUUACCCUCCAUUUCCUGUCAUCUUUUCACCAAUAUUUGCAGAGGUUUGAUUAGCAUUUUUAAAUAGUUGUUACCCUGUAAAUAUGGAAGCUAGAUUUCUUCGUGGAGGCUCUUAGCACUAAGUAACAUCUUUUAUAUCCCACCUAUCAGAUUGCAAUCUCACCGAUUUAUGCUAUUUUCAUAUUACUCUGACCUUUACUUCUAAUUAAGUAUUUUAAGAAUUUUGGUUAAAUGUUUAAACAGUAUUUUAAAACUCAACUCCUAUUGCUUUCCCUUGGUGUACGAGUUCUGCUUAUUCAGAUAGGCUGGAUUGGAUUUGACUUCUCCUACUUAGUAUAAAUGCGUCCCCUUUACAUGAUUAUUUAAAAUUUCCAUCUUUGAUCUUACAUCUGUAAUUUGGUGGCACUCUGUCUCUCAGUGAAGGGGCAGUGGACCACGGUGUCUCUCCCACGUUUCCUAACAAGAUCUUUUGUGAUGAUAUUGGACCAGCCAUAUAAACUAAGCCCCUCUACUUCAAGAUCCUCAAGGACAGCUGCCAUCUCUUUGCCAUGUGAUGUAACACUGUCUCAGGUACUAAGAAUUAGGGUAUGGGCUUCAUUCCGCGUCAUUACUUUGCCUUCAGCAGUCAAUCCAUUUGAAUGAGCCCUGGAUCUCAUUCAAAGCUGGGAGAUGUUCUUUGCUAAGGCACCAGGAACAUUAGUCAGCUCUCUUCCUUUAGACUCUCCCAAGGCAACCGUGGGCUGGACCAUGAAAUUUGCUGACAGCAUGGACUUUAGCUGCUGUGUGUAGGGUGACUCGUCACUCAAGUGAGAGCCAGUGGGUUUUGUUGCUUUGAUCUGUGUCUCCUGGAUACCACAGUGACUUGGGUGUACUUUUAAAAUCCUUUAGAUAUUUCCAGCACCUGUGGUAAUUCUGAAACCAAGUGAAGGUUGAGUACAGGCUUAACAUGGGGCUAGCCAAUCCUGGAAUUUGUAGAUAUUCACUUAUAUUUUGGCCCCAGGAUUUUG